AUGCAUGAGAGUUGCUUCAGAGUGGGAAUUCCAGGACUCAGAGAACGGUUGAGUAAUCUCCCCCCUGCUGAUUAUAUGACCCUGAGUGUUACAGUGCUGGACCAGACGAGAGGGCCAAACUCUGAGGAGCACAUCAUGAAGUUGGAUUUGGCUGCAGCUCUGUCGUCUUUGUUGCUCGUCUUUCUGUCUCCAGUUUGCUGUCAGCAGCCUGUGAACUGUAUAUGGGGGCCUUAUGGAGAGUGGUCGGAGUGUGAUGGCUGUUCCAGUACAAAGGUGCGGACUCGCCAUGUUCAGGUGUACGCCCAGUUUGGGGGCGUACCAUGUUCAGGAGAAGCCACACAAACACAACCAUGUGUUCCACAGAAAGGAUGUCCCCUGGAAACAGGCUGUGGAGACAGGUUCCGCUGCACCUCUGGUCAGUGUAUCAGCCAGUCUCUGGUGUGUAACGGAGACCAGGACUGUGAGGAUGGCCUGGAUGAGAGACUCUGUGAUCACGACAGCAGCCAGUCAUCAUGUGACCUCGACAAAACACCUCCCAACUCUGACUUCACAGGCAGAGGGUACGACGUGCUUACAGGCAAACUGAGAGCAGGUGUGAUCAACACUCUAAGCUUUGGAGGGCAGUGCAGGAAGGUUUUCAGUGGUGACCAUAAAGUCUAUUACAGACUGCCACAGAACAUCCUCAGGUACAACUUUGAGGUGAAAGUAGACAAUGAUGAGAGCGAUGAAUCCUAUGAGAGCUCCUGGUCUUACAUGCAGCACAUCCAGUCCAACGCCUUGGUGGGACACGACCGUCGCACUUUCCACAAAGAGCUCACCGACAAUAAGGCCUAUAGACUUAUAAUCCUGAAGAAUAAAGUGGAGCUGGCCCAGUUCCAAAACACAGCCCCCCAGUAUCUGACUCUGGCUGAAGGCUUCUGGAAGGCCUUGUCCUCGCUGCCGUUAACAUACGACUACUCUGCCUACCAGCGGCUGUUUCAGACAUAUGGCACACACUACCUCUCAGAGGGCUCGCUGGGAGGCGAAUACCAAGCCUUGUUGGAGUUAGACCGUCAGGCGCUCUCAUCGACCAGUACAACAGAUAUAGAGUACCAGAGGUGUUGGAGAAAGGUGAAACGCCGUCUCUUCAGGAAGAAAGUCAAAACCGUUUGUGAAAAACUGACAAAAUCUUUAUCGUCCAGCCACGGACAGAACGUAAACAAGAUGCCCAUUAAGGUCAACGUUUUCGGAGGAGAUCCGGCCUUUAUAGGUGCUCUAACUGUUCUGGAUCUGGAAAAUCCAGAAGCUAACGGAGAGGUCUACGACAACUGGGCCUCAUCUGUCAAAGACUUCCCUGAAGUCACAGACCAGAAGCUGCGUCCUCUGUAUGAGCUGGUGAAGGAAGUGCAGUGUGCAGGUCUGAAGAAGGUCCACCUGAAAAGAGCCACAGAGGAGUACAUGGCAAAGGAGCAUCCCUGUCACUGCCAGCCCUGCCAGAACAACGGCCAGCCACUGCUGACGGGCUCAGAGUGUCGCUGCGUCUGCCGGCCGGGAACCUCAGGACAAGCCUGUCAGAAUGGAGCUGUGAUUGGAGAACAACCAGGGGUGAUCCAUGGCAGCUGGAGCUGCUGGUCCUCCUGGGGAUCCUGCUCUGGAGGUCAAAGGUCAAGGACCCGAAGCUGCAACAACCCCGCCCCCAGCAGAGGUGGCCACCACUGCUCCGGACUGCAGGUGGAGCAGAAGCCUUGUGAGGACACAGACAUCCAGUACUUACAGAUGAUGGAGCCCCAGUGCUUCAGUCUCUCUGUGACUCCACCAAAGACAUGUGGGCCACCUCCAAACCUCAGGAAUGGAUUUAUUCAGAAUCCCAGAGAUUUUUAUGUGGUUGGAAACACGGUGGAGUACUCCUGCAUAGACGGUCAUUACCUCAGUGGAGGCGCUGUGGCUGAAUGCACUGAAAACCAGAAGUGGAGGACAGGAGCGAUGGUUUGUAAAAGUUCCACGUGUGGGAUUCCUCCACUCAACAGUGAAGUUAUAGUCACGCCCACCAAAGCAACCUAUCAGAUUGGAGACAGGGUGUCCCUGUCCUGUCCUGCGGGGUCAGUCCUGGAUGCUGAGGUGUCAGAGAGCAUGUGCAGUCCCAGUCUGCAGUGGUCUCCUUCUCCAGCCAACGCUCAUUGUAAAGCCGUGCCCACAGCUCCCUCUCCUCCAUCUAGCCUCAAGUGUAAGCCGUGGGAGAAUGUAGGGAAAACUGAGUGUGUGUGUAAAAUGCCAUUUCAGUGCUCUGCAUCUUCCUAUAUGUUGUCUUCAUUUAGGACGUCUCUGCAGUUGUGUGCCAGACUCGGCUCAAGCAGAACCCGUUUACUUGGUGUUUGUCAGCUUGGAGCUCUGCAGUGUAUGGGACGGAGCUUCACGUUGGCCAGUCACAGCGACUGUGACUGGCCAGUGGAGACGUCCACAUCCUGCGAGGACUGCGAACCAGGGACAAUCUGUCAGGAAUCAACAAGAAAAUGCGUAUGUCAGAACGUGUCAGAAUGCCCUAAAGACUCCGCCCCCCUGUGCGUCAGUUCUGGUGUUGGCAGCGUUGCCACGACGAUGACCAACUGCGAGGUGGGAGCCAGACGGUGUGCUGGGGAGCAGAUCGAUGUGAUCAGUAUUGAGGCUUGUCCAGAAUAAAUAGGACUCUUAGUUUUUUCACACUGUAUAUAAAGCAGGAACUUGUUUAUUUUCCUCAAUGACUGAAUUGUAAAUAGAAACAACACUAACACUGAGUUAUGUAAAUAUGUUCCUCUGCCAUCCUGUGGUGUCUUUAUAUAUUUUAGGACUGAUGAUUGAAGACAUUUGCAUGUCUGCAGGUUUUGACAAAAUCUUAAAUAAAUGCCUUUAUAAAUAGUUUUUGUUAUAGGAAGUUAAUAAAACUUUUUUCAGAAUA